CCUCUUAGCUACGUCACUGGAAUUUCUAGGAAGUAGGAGCUGAUAGAAUAAAAAGGCUGCGAGCUGAAGGCAAAGGGUACACACUGACUGGCAGCUCUCCACUGAGUCUUAGCAUAAGAACCACUGCAGUGACUUAGCAAAGGAAAACAGUCGCUGAAGACACAUCUUUACCAGGCUGCUACGUAGCACCAGGCAUCACAGCCACAAUCUCCAUCUCUUCAAAGAGCAAAGUGAAGAAAAGUUCUCCAGAAACAUGAUUGGCCUGUGGUUCCUCUCUGUUCUCACUUAUGGACUUAUGGUGCUUGAGGAGGGCAAUUGCUGGACAUACCACUAUUCAGAAAAAAAUAUGACCUAUAAGCUUGCGGAGAAAUGGUGUAGGAAACACUAUACGAAUAUGGUUGCCAUUCAGAAUAAGGAGGAAAUUGCCCAUCUGAAUGCAUUUUUACCCUUCAAUCCAACUUAUUACUGGAUUGGAAUCAGAAAGAUUGAUAAUGAGUGGACCUGGGUUGGAACAAGAAAACGGCUGACUGAAGAGGCUAAAAACUGGGCUCAGGGUGAACCAAACAACAGAAAGAAUGACGAGGACUGUGUUGAAAUCUACAUCAAAAGAGACAGGGAUGCAGGCAAAUGGAAUGAUGAAAGAUGCAACAAACAGAAGGUUGCCUUGUGCUACGCAGCUUCCUGUAACCAGUCUUCCUGCAGUGGCCAUGGUGAAUGCCUGGAGACCAUUAACAAUCAUACCUGCGUCUGUGAUGCUGGAUUCUAUGGGCCUGAAUGCCAGCAUGUUGUGACUUGCGACCAAUUAAAAGAACCCGAUCAAGGGACACUGGAGUGCAGCCAUCCACUGCAGACCUACAGCUACAACUCAUCCUGUGAGGUUCAGUGUGCAGAAGGCUAUGAAUCAACUGGGUUUGAACCAGUCUGGUGUACCUCUUCCGGAAACUGGUCUGCACCCACUCCAGCAUGUACAGUUGUGCAGUGUGAUGGCUUAAAGGCUCCAGCUCAUGGCUCCCUGACAUGCUCUCCCGCCUCUGGGAACUUUCUGUGGAAUUCAACCUGUGAGUUUGCCUGUGAAGAAGGGUUUGUGCUGACGGGAUCAGACAGGCGGCAGUGCGGCGCUUCUGGAGAGUGGGAUGGAGAACAGCCGGAAUGCGAAGUUGUGCAGUGUGAUGGCUUAAAGGCUCCAGCUCAUGGCUCCCUGACAUGCUCUCCCGCCUCUGGGAACUUUCUGUGGAAUUCAACCUGUGAGUUUGCCUGUGAAGAAGGGUUUGUGUUGACGGGAUCAGACAGGCUGCAGUGUGGCGCCUCUGGAAAGUGGGAUGGAGAACAGCCGGAAUGCGAAGCUGUGACGUGUGAAGCAGUGAACAGGCCUGAAAACGGCUUUGUGGAAUGUACCACCCGUCAUCCAGAAUUCACCUACAACUCGGCCUGUGAGUUCCGUUGUGAGGAGGGCUACAGAUUAAGUGGAUCACCCGCAAUUCAGUGUACAGCUCAGGGAGAAUGGUCAGAGCCCUUCCCAAAGUGUGAAGUUGCACAGUGUGAAACCCUGAUACUCCCUGAGAAGGGCUCCAUGAAUUGUUCACACCCACUUGGGGAUUUUGCAUACAGCACAGUUUGCGAGUUUAACUGUUCAGGGGGAUGGUUGCUAAACGGCUCUAAUGUACUUCAGUGCGGCGCUGCAGGGAACUGGACUGCAAGUCAGCCGACAUGCGAAGCUCCCCAAGUGCCUGAAGAACUGCUCAGUUACGUCUCUGUUGGAAUAGCAGCCACCGGAGCCUCGCUCCUGUCGACAGCAUCAUUCCUCAUUUGGCUUGUAAAGCGCCUUCGAAGGAAAGCAAAGAAAUUUACUCCUGCCAGCAGCUGCCAGAGUCUCAAUUCAGAGUGUACCUUCCAAAGCACUGCUCAUCUAAUCUAACGCCAAGUGACUCCGGAAUUGAAGCUAUCUUCACGGAUGCCUCAGAGCCCCUCAGGAAAUGGAGCUAUGCAGUCCUCAGCAAGCGGCCAGGUGUUGAUGCAUCUUGCUGACAAGAUGAUUAGCCUUGGAUCUUGCUACUAAAUACUGAGCUCAGUCGUCUGGUUCUGCCACUGAAGACAAGCAAGCUCGCGGUAAAACCCUAGCUGUUUACCAAGAGACUACAUGGGUCCUGUCAACGUACAGCUACAGUGAUUGGGAGAUCUAUAUUCAUGCUCUGGAUGGGGACAAAAUAAGCUGCUGUCUACUCCUCUAGGGUCAGUCUGUAGGUACCAGGAUGGAGUGAACACUUUGCAAUAUACGUGGUUGGAGAUCUCUCCCAUGGAAACACAUGGGUCCCAUUUUUAAAGAAAAAUAGUUAGAAUGGGAAAUAUUUGUGGAAUUGUCUUACAAACCAUUGAUUUGGUUCACUGGUAAUUGUUGAAGUAAAUGUACUGUAACAAUAUGUCACAAUUAAUAAAUCUGCCUGUAACACUAUGGUCAGGGUGUUUUGCUGCAGUUCCUAGUGAGUUUUUAUAUUGUAACUUUAAACCAUUGCUAAUGGGAGCACUAUCAGAGUUAGUAAUUAUGCCAGGCAGUCUGGUUCGUGAAUGCAGCAAGUAGACCUGAAACAAUUUCAUCCCCAUGGGAUUAAGUAUUGUAAUCUAUAGAAAUACAUAUUUAGUUUCUUGUGCACUUUAUAUUUUGC